UUUAAACGAAAUCUACUUACCACCUAUAUCAGUUCCUUACUAUACGUAGAUGGAGAAUAGUACGUACCUUUGGUUAUUUGAGUCGUAUUAAUUGUAGAGAAGCAACAAUGGCAGCAAAAAUUUUCUUAAUAUCUGCUAUUUUGUUCGUACAUUUGAACAUUUCACAAGCUCAAUUUGGUGGCUUUGGUGGUAACCGACCUGGUGAUUUUGGUAAUAAUCGACCCGGUGGCUUCGGUGACAACCGACCCGGCGGCUUCGGUGGUUAUCGACCUGAGGCCGGUGGAUUUGGACAAGGAGGAUUCGGGCAAGGAGGUUUCAGUAAUGGUGGAUUUGAACAAGGUGGCUUCAAUCAAGGAGGGUUUCGCCCUGGAGGAAGAGGUUUUGGACAAGGAGGAUUUGGAUCUAGCGGACAAGGUUUCGGACAAGGCGGUUUCGGCUACGGACAAGGCGGAUUUCCCGGACAAGGAGGUUUUGGUCACGGUGGUUUCGGUCAAGGUGGUUUCAACCAAGGUGGUUUUGGACGACCUGGCUACGGACGCUAAAUUAAAUAAAUUAUUAGAAAUACACAUGUAAAAACUUUUUUAACAAUAAAUAAUAAAAAGUGAUUACUAUA